AUAGCUGUGGCGGGACGGUGGCUUCGGAUUGGGUGGCUGGGGUGGAUCGAUGGUUUGGGCGCGUCGCCGUGUGGCGGCGGCUGUGGUAGGAGGUCUGAGGUGAAAAUGUCGGGGCGCCAGGCCCCUGAAGGCAAAAAGUUGAUUCGCUCCGCUAGUGGGCUUCGAAUGGUCCCCGAAAGCCGGGCUGCGCAGAGCCCUUUCGGAUUGGAAGAGCCGCCGUGGGUGCCGGAUAAGGAGUGUCCUAGAUGUAUGCAGUGCAAUACAAAGUUUGACUUCAUAACCAGAAAGCAUCACUGCAGGAGAUGUGGAAAGUGCUUUUGUGAUAAAUGCUGCAGCAAGAAAGUGCCUCUGCCUCGUAUGUACUUUGUUGAUCCUGUACGCCAGUGUGCUGAAUGUGCUCUCAUUUCUCAAAAAGAAAUGGAGUUCUAUGACAGGCAACUCAAAGUGCUUAUGAAUGGUGCUACAUUCUUUGUAACUCCAGGGACAUCAGAAAAAACAGAAAUGAUGGUUUGUCGACUUUCCAACAACCAGAGGUAUCUAUUUUUGGAUGGAGAAAGCCAUUAUGAAAUAGAAAUUUCACAUAUCUCCACGGUCCAAAUUCUUACUGAAGGAUUUACUCCUGGAGAAAACGACAUUCAUACUUAUACCUGCCUCUUGGAAAGUGAACACAUUAUGGAAGGAGGCAAUACUCGUGCUACAGGUAUGCUGCUUCAAUACAAAGUACCAGGAUCAGAUGAAUUCAAACAGAUUAAAUUUACUGCCGGUGAAGAUUUCAGUUCCAAUAAAAAGCUAUCAGCUACCUGGCUGGCAGCAAUGCAUAAGGCAGCAAAACUACUUUAUGAAUCUCGGGAACAAUAGGUAGUUUUUUGGAAUUGAGGGGAAAAGUUCAACUCUAAAAAUAAGCUUCUUACUACUUGCUAUUUACACAUGGUAUAGGGAUUCUCCCUUCCUCCUUUCCUACGUUAAAUGUGGUUCAUCAUGUGAGCACUGGCCAAUUAUAAUGUGAGUAUUUGGACCUAUAAGUAUUCACUUAUUUCGUGUGCAAUAUGUAUACAGUUUAUUAAUGCUUUAAAUAGAGCUCUGCAUCUAUGACUUUAUUUUGUUAAAUCUUAUCUGCACUUAAUAUGUAAAAUGAAGUGUGACCUGCACUAUUGCUAAAUAUAUAGCACAACUUUUAUAAUACAAAUUAUGUAAUUCAUUUAAAACCAAUCCUCAUUGUUCCUGGAAAAAGUUCUUCAGAAAUGUAGAUCUCAGGUUUUCCCCCUAUAUAUCCAAAUGAUCUAUCAAAUCCGUCUUAGGUAUUAUUUUAUAUAGAAUCACCCUUUCUUCUGGUGAGGGGUUUGUAUCAUGAGAUUAAAGCUUUUUUUGUUGUAAAAUUAAGAUUUACAAAAUACUACAAAUAGUGCUGUAUAAAUUGGCCUUUUUGAAUGAAACUGUCAGCAAAAUUGUUUUUGAGAUUUUAUAGACAUUUUGUGAUAAUUUGGGAUUUGGCUAAUAAAAUCUUAUCAAAUACUAUGUAAUCUUGUCUGAGGUAGCACUAUUGGGAAUUCAUUUAACUAAUACGUAGAUCGGUGUUGUCAAUUUGAACUUGGUAUGAAAUCAAGUACAAAUUAAGCAGGAAAAAAGUAAAAAAUAAAUACAAAUACAGAAAGUU